ACGGAUGGGUGUGUAUAUAUACACCAAAAACAUGACUCCAUGUAGCUCACAAAACCCUAAACCAAAUCGACCCACCAAAAAGACACACAACCUAAAUUAAAAAGAUCACUUUUUUUUUCUUGGGUAUAACCCGAGUUUCCUUUUUUUCCCUAAAGAGUCUGUCUUUUUUUCUGUUAAUUUUCAUUUGCUGUGUGAUAAUGGGGAACUGUCUGAACGGAAGCCACAUGAAAACUGCCGAUGAAGAAAAGAAACAAGAAGUGAAGAGAGAUUACAAAGGAAAGGAUCGGAAAGUGAAGAUAAUUCUGACCAAAGAUGAGUUGGAGAAACUCAUUAUGUUCCAACUGAACGCCGACGGCGGCGGCGGCGGCAGCGCGUUGAAAUCAAUCGCCGAUUUCCUCGGCGAGUUGGAAGCGGAGAGAGCGGAGGCGGAGACCGAAGCUCGCCGGAGAUGCCGGAGGUGGAGGCCGUCGUUGGACAGGAUCAUGGAAUGGCCUGAAGAUGAAUGAAAUUCCCCCUUUUUUAAAAAAAAAAAACAUUUUAAACUUUCUAUUUCUAAAAAAUGAAUUUUCUGGGCGACUAAUUUUUGUCUGUUUUUUUUUCUAUUUUUUUUCCGAUGGUUUUUUUCAUCUGAGAAUUUGUUUCUCAGAGUGAGAUAGCUUCGGUAUUUCAAGCGGACAGAAGAAUGCGCCACCCAAAAAGUUCAAAAAAAAAAAAGUACGGAUUGUUAUUGUUCUCUUGCGUGUAAUUAAUGUUUUUUCUUAAUGAAGUAAUUAAUAGUGGUUAGCUAAA